AUGUAUUCCUCAUCGGACUCUGAGGACGGCAAGAGAAAAAGACACAAGGAGAUUAAGUUGAGAUCGCAAGGCACUCCAGUAAAUUGGAAUGGAGAAGACUGGACCUUCUACAAGCACGCGAUGCUCAACGCAUUCGAGCAAAACCUACUCGAUGAGAUCGCAGCAGGAGGCGUUGUGGAGGACGCAUCCUGGAAUCAAGCCAAGAAGGACAAGUUCAAGAAAAGUCAAGCCGAGGUGAAGAUUCUUAUUCAAGGCUCGUUGUCGAUGAAGCUGGCCAAGCAGGUGAUGUCGAAGAAGACAGGAACCGAGAUGUGGCACGAGCUCUGCUCAAUUUUUGAAGGGAAGCAAAACUCAGCCAUGAUAGCGCAGAAAGUGUACCGCCUCCAAAGCGAGCUACACAGGACCCAUUUGCGUCCAAAUGGUGACGUGAGAAGUCAUUUGUACACUUUGUUCGACAUCAAAGACCAGCUCGAGGACUUGAAUUCUCCUGUAAAUGAUUUACAGAUGGUGGACAUGAUGCUGCGCAGUCUCCCGACGCAGAUGUGCUAUAAUGAACUCAGAAGAAAGGUAUUAUUUAGCUCAAAUAUGAGUAAAUAUACGCCUGAGAUAGUUCGCGAGAUGAUAUUCACCGCCGAGUCGCGCAGUAAAGACUGGGAAAGCUAUGCAUUCGGGAGCGCUCAAGGCAAGAAGAAGCCAAAUGGUCCAACUACUGGAACGAGAGGUGGCAUGAGGCAAACCUUGAGAGACAAUAAGACGAGAAAAAUCAAGAAUCAUGAUUUUGAGUGUCAUCAUUGUGGAGGUAAAGGCCAUUACAAGAGAAAUUGUCCACAAUUGAUGAAUGAAGAGAAGUCGCGUGGAAGAAAAAGUGCUCACGCAAAGUACGCCAACUCUGGUAGCAAGACGAAAAUGGAAGAGAAGGGCGAGCCUUUAUUGCAACGCAAGGUGCAAGUAGAUAAGCGUGACGUGGUGAUAGGAGAAGCUACAAAGUUGACGUCAAAGGAUUCAACUUCUAGCAACUGGUAUUUCGACACGGGUACAAAUGCCCACAUAGUGUCCUCCAAGGAAUACUUUACUGUACUACAGAGUAUGGAAGACAGUGACUGGAAUCCAAUGAUAUCCGGAUUCACACUCAAUGGAGCGAAAGCAAAAGCUGAAGGAUUUGGUACGAUUAUUCUUGCAACAGUUGUUGAUGAAGAAUUGGUAACAGUGUUCGUGGAAGACGUUCUCUACGUCCCUCAAGCUGGAUGCAAUUUGUUUUCGCCUGGUUUGGCUAUGGACCAAGGAUUCAGCAUGUCAUGGGACCCGAAUGCUAAGAUAUUUACUAUGACUAAAGACGAUAUCGAGGUGAUACGGACACAUCGGAAGCACCGCCUAUGGACGUUUACUGCUCAAAAUGCAAAUAAUACUGCACAGCACAAGAAAAACAUUACCACGAAGCGACAAGUUAUUGCUAACUUUGCAGUGACUGAUGGUGUGGAAGAUAUCGAUGUCUGGCAUGAACGACUGGCACACACGUGUCCAGAAUAUAUCCGGUUGAUGGUUGAUCGUGGCCUGGCAAAAGGUAUCAUGCUAAAGAGACGUGGGAAAUUCGAUUGUGUAGACUGUCAUGUUGGUAAACAGCGGCGAAAGUCAUUUCGAAAGGCGUUAAAUAGAAAUAUCGCGAACGUUAAUGACAUUGUUUUUGCCGAUUUGCUGAUACCAGGAAUAGGCAAUGGAUCCCCAUACACCGCCGUCCUAGUCGUUAUGGAUGGAUACUCACGUUACGUCAGUGUCUUCAUGCUCAAGUCUAAGUCUGAGAAUGAAGUCAACAAAUUCAUGCAGGAAUAUAUUGCUUGGGCUGAACGACAAGUUGGCAAGAGGGUUGAGGCUGUGAUUACUCAUCAGUUGAGUGAAGAUUCGCAACGAAGCCAAGGAGCUCUCGUGAGACAAGUCCUUACAGACAAAGGGCAGGAAUUUUGCAAUGGUACAAUGGCACAGUGA